AUGCCCUAUGACCCAAAUCUAGAUGUAGUAGUCACGUGUGACAGUUCAAGCUAUGGUAUCGGUUGCGUCAUCGCACAUGCCUUACCUGACAAGUCAGAGCGGCCGAUUGCAUUCGCUUCGCGUACGCUAACGAAAUGUGAAAUAAAGUAUAGCCAAAUAGAAAAGGGGGCUCUUGCGUUAGUUUACGCUGUGAAAAAGUUCCACAAAUUCCUAUACGGAAGGAAAUUUACGUUGGUCACCGACCACCGUCCUUUGAUAUUUUUGUUAGGGCCUACUAAAGGUAUCCCGACACUUGCAGCAGCCCGCAUCCAAAGGUGGGCACUGACCUUGGCCGCUUACCAGUACGACAUUCGGUACCAGAAGGGUACGGAUAUUUCUAACGCUGAUGCGUUAUCACGGCUGCCCUGUGACAAGGGAGAACUCGAAGGUGAGAUUUCUUUCUUCUCUUACGCUCACCAGCUACCGAUUACUUCAAGGGAGAUAUCUACAGCUACAAGGUUCGAUCCAGUUUUGUCAAAGGUAAUCGACUAUGUUACGAACGGAUGGCCAGGACAUGUUGAACGAGAAGAUAUGAAACCUUACUUCAAUAAAAGCACUCAACUUUCAGUGGAACAGGGUUGCAUUUUGUGGGGUAAUAGGGUCGUAAUACCUCCCACACAUCAGAAGGAAAUUAUUUUGUUGCUCCACUCAGAACAUCCGGGUGAGAGCAGAAUGAAAGCUUUGGCCCGUAGUUUCGUCUGGUGGCCUGGAUUGGACAGACAAAUUGAAGACAUGGUGAGUACGUGCUCAAUCUGUCAGAAAACACGCAAGUCUGCCCCAUUAGCUCCACUCCAAACUUGGACUUGGCCGAAACACUGUUGGCAAAGGCUACACUUUGAUUUUGCCUAUUUUGAAGGGAAAGAUUUCCUUAUACUAGUGGAUAGCUGCUCUAAGUGGAUUGAGGUAUUUUAUAUGUCCACAACUACAUCUCAGCACACCAUUGAAAAGCUCCGUCAUUGCUUUGCGACAUUUGGGCUACCUUCAACAGUAGUAACGGAUGGAGGACCGCAGUUCAAGUCAUCUGAAUUCAAGGAAUUUAUGGGAAAAAAUGGUAUACAUCAUAUCCUGACACCUCCAUUUCAUCUUGCUUCCAACGGCUUAGCCGAAAGAGCAGUACAAACAGUGAAGGAAUCAUUUCUCAAACAGAUGCUUCAUGAUGCCAAAUGUAAAAGCAAACGCUCAACGCAACACCACAUUGACGCUUUUCUGUUCACGUACAGGAACACACCCCAUUCAAUGACAGGAUUGACCCCAUCUGAAUUGAUGUUUAAAUUCAAGCCCAAAACACAUCUGAGUCCUUUGAAACCUCACUUGACCAGUCAGAUGGAGAUUAAACAAGAAGGCAUUACAAGUACGGCCAACAAUCACCGUGGUAAGCCUCGGAGUUUUGUAAUUGAUGACAACGUUUACGUCCGAACAGUUCGGCAGGAAAAGAUCAAGUGGCAGCCAGGAGUUGUAACAAAGGUUGUCAGUCCUGUGACAUAUUUGGUCAGAGUUGAUGGUAGGGUUAGGUUUGUCCACGCAGAUCAUCUCAGAGCAAGGGCCGGUGAGGAGGAAGAAGAAGAUGAUUUUAUUCAUUUCCCAAGAGAAGCCUUUCGAUCAAGUCCCAAACAAACUGAAACAACUGAAAGGAGCCCUCAGAACUCGCCUUUGAAGAAGGCUAUCACUCCCGCUACCCCUUCUUCACUGCAAAGGUCACCAGAACCAUAUGAUGCAUAUGAUGUCACAUAUGAUGCAGACCAACGCCACGACCAACAUCAAGAACAGGCUAUCCUUCGACGCUCGCAAAGGCCCCGGAGGGUACCUAAGAAACUGGACAUGUAA